UAUUUUUUUUAAUUUUUUUAUUUCUUUUAGGACGGAUGGGCUUCCGUAGGAGCACAAUAAUGCACGGCUAAGAUGUGUCAUAAAGCAUGCAGGCUGCAGCCGCGUCGAAGCUAAGCUGCUCGGCUCUCUCACGAUGCACCCACGGACGUAUCGAGUGGACAACCUGGGACCGCGGUGUUGUUGUCUUUCUCCCCGCACGAUGGACGAGACGCACCGGGGACUAUAGCGGGAGCUGUGUGAGAUGGUAGCCGCCUCCCGUGGAAGUGAACGCGAAGCCUCGCAGCCAAAAGGGACGGUGAUGCUCCGCGGGAGCUGACCGUGGUGCUGAACCGUGGUGCUGACCGUGGUGCUGAACGGAUCAGCCCCCGGCACGACCCCAGCGAUCGGUGGCCGCACAUGAACCACUGGGACUAUCCGGGAUUCGCCCCCACGCACGUCACUUUUCAUGGCCGUGGCACGCAAGAUCAAAACUUUGCUGACCGUCAACAUCCUGGUGUUCGUGGGCAUCAUCCUGUUCUCCGUCUACUGCCGGAUCCAGGACCGCUCCGAGGAGCUGGUCCAGCUCGGGCGCGCGUCCGACCAGAGGCUGCGGGCCAGACACGGCAAAGUGAGCAACUUGGCGGACAGGCAGUCCAUCCUGCAGCGGCUGGAGAGGCUGGAAGAUGUGGUCUACAAUCAGCUGAACGGCUUGGCGAAGCCCAUGGGGCUGGUGGAGGGUCCCGGAGGACUUGGUCAGGGAGGAGUCGCCGCCUCUCUCGGGGAGGACAGCCGCGACGCCGAAGGGAAAUACGAAGAGUACGGCUACAACGCCCAGCUCAGUGACAGGAUCUCCCUGGACAGAAGCAUCCCCGACUACAGGCCUAAAAAGUGCAGGCUGCUGACGUACGCAGAGGACCUCCCUCAGAUAUCUGUGGUGUUCAUCUUUGUGAACGAGGCCCUGUCCGUGAUAUUGCGCUCCGUCCACAGCGUGGUGAACCACACUCCAGCUCACCUGCUGAAGGAGAUCAUCCUGGUGGAUGACAACAGCGACAGUGUGGAGCUGAAGUUUAACUUGGACCAGUAUGUGAACAAGCGUUACCCCGGCCUGGUCAAGAUUGUGCGGAACAUCAAGCGGGAGGGUCUGAUCCGAGCCAGGAUACACGGCUGGAACGCGGCCACGGCCCCCGUCGUCGGCUUCUUUGAUGCCCACGUGGAGUUCAACUCAGGCUGGGCUGAACCUAUUCUCACCCGCAUGAAAGAGGACCACACGCGCAUCAUCCUGCCAGCCAUAGACAACAUCAAAUACAACACAUUCGAGGUGCAGCAGUACGCCAACGCCGCCCACGGCUACAACUGGGGGCUGUGGUGCAUGUACAUCAUCCCGCCGCAGGAGUGGCUGGACAAGGGCGAUGAGACGGCGCCUAUCAGAACGCCUGCAAUGAUUGGCUGCUCGUUUGUGGUGGAUCGUGAUUACUUUGGAGAGAUCGGUCUGCUGGAUCCUGGUAUGGAGGUCUACGGAGGGGAGAACAUUGAGCUCGGCAUGCGGGUGUGGCAGUGUGGCGGCAGUAUGGAAGUCCUCCCCUGUGCCAGAGUGGCCCACAUAGAGCGCACCAAAAAGCCCUACAACAAUGACAUUGAUUACUAUGCCAAGCGCAACGCCUUGCGAGCAGCAGAGGUGUGGAUGGAUGAAUACAAAUCUCACGUGUACAUGGCCUGGAACAUUCCUAUGAACAACCCGGGUGUUGACUUUGGGGAUGUGUCUGAGCGCUUGGCCUUGAGGAAAAGACUUCAGUGUCGAAAUUUCCACUGGUACCUGGAACACGUCUACCCGGAGAUGAGGAUCUACAACAACACCAUCACAUAUGGCGAGGUGAGGAACAACAAAGCCAGUGGCUACUGUCUGGACCAAGGCUCUGAGGAUGACGACAAAGCUAUCCUCUAUCCAUGCCACGGCAUGUCCUCCCAGCUUGCCCGAUACUCAACUGACGGGCUUCUCCAGCUCGGACCCCUGGGAUCGACCACCUUCCUGCCGGACACGAAAUGCCUUGUUGAUGAUGGCAGAGGGCGCGUUCCCAGCUUGAAAAAAUGCGAUGCCGUUUCCAGGGUUUCUCAGAGGCUUUGGGACUUCACACAGAACGGUCCGAUCAUCAGUCGGGACACAGGUCGAUGCUUGGAAGUGGAAAUGUCCAAAGAUGCCAACUUUGGUCUUCGCUUGGUGGUGCAGAGAUGCUCAGGUCAGAAGUGGAUCAUAAGAAACUGGAUUAAACAUCCCAGACACUAAAUCCGGAGGAAGAAAAUAAAAAGGUUGAGUCGCGUGGAGCAUUACUGGACUUUGCUUCGGCGGCCACAGAGCUUUCCAACAUUGAAGCUUUGAGAACAUGAACACGAUCCACUCGUGCUGAUCUCUGACUAUACCGUUGAGAAGGCCCACAUUUGGAACUGGAGCUCUAUAUGUAGAAAUAAAUGUACAAAGAUGCAUAAGUGAAAUUGAAAACGAUUUCAUUUCUAUUGUAAAGCUACCUGUUGUUUGUAAAUGACUGCGUGUGUUCCAUUAUGUGUGUUUAUUUUAAUGAGCAAAUUGCAUAAUAUAGUUGUAAAUUGUAAUGCAACACAUCCAAAGGAUUCUUUUUUUGAAUUAAUCUGCCAUAUUGUACUACUCUAGUACUCUAUGAUUAAUAAUAGGCUUUAACGAUGCCUGUGAAUAUUGUCAUUGCAUUCUCAGGGCAUUGAAGGCGUUGCAAUUGGACUGUUGAGAUUGUCCGAGCAGGUUUGUCUAGGGAUGAUGUUUGUUAAGAAAUUAUCGAUUUCGAUCCCUUCUCCAAGUCCACAAAACACAUGUAGACUGGUUGGGCAAACUCCCAUGCACCCUCAAGGACCCUGCCCAGAGUAUAGAGCUGGUCCACAGUUCCACGACCAGGACGAAAAUCACACUGUUCCUCCUGAAUCCGAGGUUCGACUAUCCGGCGUAGCCUCCUCUCCAGUACACCUGAAUAGACCUAUGUGUUUUGUGGACUUGGAGAAGGCAUUCGACCGUGUCCCUCGGGAAGUCCUGUGGGGAGUGCUCAGAGAAUAUGGGGUGUCGGACUGUCUGAUUGUGGCAGUCCGCUCCCUGUAUGCUCAGUGCCAGAGCUUGGUCCGCAUUGCCGGCAGUAAGUCAGACACGUUUCCAGUGAGGGUUGGACUCCGCCAA